CGCGCGGAUAGGGAGAGCGGCGGGGUGGGGGGGUGCGCGCCUCCUAAUCCCGAGUCGCCCUACGCGCCGCUAGUCGCACGAGAGCCUUCGACGUGUGGAGGUGUCUCCUCGCGCUCCGCGUGCGUUACCGCCGCUCGCUCGCUCGCUCUCUCUCUCUUUCUCUCUUUUUCUCCCUCCCCCCGUGUUUUCCCCGACCCCGUGCGACGACGACGACGACGCAUCAUCAUCAUCAUCAUCACUGCCACUAGUAAUAGUAGUACAACACUGCCGAGUGCGAACGCGCGCGCGAUCGCGAUAUAUCGUGAUACAUACAUCGCGGCGACGAUCGGAGUGCACUUCACACCGCGACGAGGACGAGAGUGCUCGUUCGCGGUGUCCUCUCUCUCUCUUUCUGUUGUCGCGUGUUCUCUGUGUGUUCUCCGUGACGCUACGUAAUACGCUCGCAACACUGCCGGAAGCGCGCGCUCGAGCAAACAGCCGCAAACAAACGUCGGGGGUGCCAUGGGACGUCGCUGAAACGUCACGUCUCUCGAAACGACACGGCGGGUCGGGAACGGAGGAGGAGCGCAGCCAGGAACGAGCGAGGAUCAGGACAGGAGGGGGACUUGUGUGUACGCUUGAUCAGGAAGGAGGAGACCCCCCGAAUAUACUCGACGACGCGACAUCGAGGUUUAAAUCGUCAUCGCAAGCCCCGCCGCUGGGAGAUUUAAAUGGGCCGUGAAAGCGUUCCAGCAGGUGCUAUGGGUGGAACCAGGAUUCCCGCGGGCCUGCGAGGUUCACCUACGGCUUGGCUUGAUGCUGAAGGUCCACGCUGAGUUCGACGCCGCCUUGAAGCACCUGACCCUCGCCCUGAUCGACGCCACCACACCUGCUUCCUUUUCCAAGCUCGAGAUAAAAUUCCAUAUUGCUCACUUGUACGAGGUUCAGGGCAAGUAUCGCUUAGCCAAAGAGCACUACGAAGUCCUGUUGAAGGAGAAGGUACUGCCAUCGCAUCUCAAGGCUGAUAUCUGUCGUCAACUGGGAUGGAUGUACCAUGUGGUUGACUGUACGGUGCUGGGCAUAACCAGACAGCAGAAGCAGACGAUAGCUAUCCACUGUCUUCACAAGUCCAUCGAGGCUGAACCUAAGAGUGGACAGAGCCUCUACCUCUUGGGUCGUUGUCUGGCUGCCUCCGGAAAGGUUCACGAUGCGUUUAUCGCGUACAGGAAUUCCGUCGAAAAAUCGGAAGGCAAUGCAGACACAUGGUGCAGCAUAGGCGUUCUGUAUCAGCAGCAGAAUCAGCCUAUGGAUGCACUACAAGCCUACAUAUGCGCUGUACAGCUAGACAAGACCCAUUCGGCCGCUUGGACUAAUCUAGGGAUAUUGUACGAAAGCGUUAGCCAACCGAAAGACGCUCUGGCUUGUUACGUCAACGCAUCCAGGGGAAACAGCAACGCAGCGAAUUGCACGGGUCCACUGAUGGGCCUGGGUGGCGUCAAGUCCGGUGGCAACAACCCGAUGAACCCGUCCCUCCAACAGCGCAUCAACUUUCUGCAAAGUCACCUAAGUCAAGCACCACCAAUGCCUUCUGUCGCUACCAAGAAGCGGCAUUUGCCGUCGAUCGAGGACGCUUGGAAUCUGCCGAUCAGUGCGGAGAUCACUAGCCGGCAGCAGCAGCAACAGCAACAACAACAACCUGGCGGACCUUCGUACAAAUAUGGCACCACACCUACUGGUCCGCCUCCGCCUUAUCCUCAAGCUCAAGUACAGAACCCCAAGCGAUUUAAGACCGACGAGGCGAUAUCAGCCGCACCGCAGCAACGACCACCACCGUACUGUGGUCUAUCGUCGCAGCAACUCCAAAUGCUGCAGUUCCUGCAGCAAAAUCACGGCAGUCUGACGCAGCAGCAACAGGCCUUGCUCGUCCAGCUGCAGCAACAGUACCGUGCGAUGCAGCAGCAUCAACACAUUAGGCUGCAACAGCAAGCGGCGCAGCGGACCCUAAGGCCAGGACAGCCCGGUCAUCCCACGGCCUAUGGCGGUCACCCUCAGAAUCUCGGCCAGUCGUCGGGUGUCAUCAAGAACUAUGGGAUACCGCAACAACCGUUGCAGGGAGGUACGGUGGCACUGCAGACAGGCUUCUCGGACACCAACGUUGGUUACAAUACAGCGGCGACCGGGAACACUACGCAGUCACCAGGCAUGCCUUACAAAUCUGCCUCCGACCCCACUUAUCCGCCUCAGAGGCAACAAAUCGCAGGCGGCCCUCAAUAUGGCGGUCAGUACCAGCAGCAGCCGAAUCAGUACGCUGCUCAGGGUUACACGCAAAUCUCUUCGGUGACCGGCGGCUAUCCGGAAAGUUCCGCUGCGGCCGUGGUAAAUAAGGACAAUCUGGACAUGACGGAUCAGGAGUUGCAGGCGCUGUUAUCACAGAAGGACAUUGCUACGUCGCUGGCGGAGGAUCUCCUUAAGCACUUUGGCUCUGAUGGUCUAGACACCGUCGUGAAGGAGGAGCCAUUGAGUAGCGGCGUCAAUGACAACGGUACACUGAGCUCCGGUCCAUUCUCGCCAUCGAAUCUCGAGGAAAACGCGGCGGACAAAGCGAAGGAGAUCAAGCUGGAAAAGCCUGAGGAAGCUUCUUGCCAACCAACGCAGCCGAAAUCGACGGCGGAAGUUGUGACGACGACACCCGUGACGACAGUCGCAACGACGACUACGGUAGCAGCAGUCAAGUGUGAGACGACAGCGACGACGACGGUGAAGAGUGAAACGACAAUGUCGUCGUUGUCCUCGAGUACAACGACGACGACGAUGUCGGCGAUGACAAACAAGAGCGAAGCUGCUGUCAACAUUUCCAAGGCAGAGACACCGACAACAAUGAAUUUGAAGCUCGAGUCGUUGUGCGAGUCACAACCGGAGCAAGAGCUUAGUAUUGAAAUGGAUGCGAGGAUGAUAAUCGAGGCGUGCAAGGGUCAGGGAUUAAACGGAGUGCCGAAUUGCUCGAUAUUGAGCGAUCGUUCGCCACCACCGGCUCCGCCAGACCCGCCCAAUCAACGACUGACGAAGGAACAAUUGUUGCCGCCUACGCCGAGCGUUUAUCUGGAGAACAAGAAGGACGCGUUCAGCCCGCAGCUACAAGAAUUCUGUCUCAAGCAUCCAAUCGCUGCGAUACGCGGCCUCGCGGCAGCGCUCAAGCUUGACUUGGGCCUGUUCUCGACUAAGACCUUAGUGGAAGCGAAUCCAGAUCACGGUAUCGAGGUGAGGACGCAGAUGCAGCAGACCAGCGAGGAGAAUUGGGAUCCUACGCUCAACAAGAAGGUCUGGAAUUGCAUCAGUCAUCGUAGCCAUACGACAAUCGCCAAGUAUGCGCAGUACCAGGCGUCGAGCUUUCAAGAGAGCCUGAGAGAAGAGAAGGUGCAAGGCGGUGGAAUACACGUCUCCAACCUGUCAGAUUCGGACUCAAAGGACAGCACUGGUCAAACGGUCAGACGCAAGAAGAAUACUUUUGGCUUGGCCGGUCGACCAGGAACCAAGAUGCUGCGCUUUGGCACCAACGUGGAUCUGUCAGACGAGCGAAAAUGGAAACCGCAGUUGCACGAGCUAAUGAAGUUACCGGCUUUCGCUAGAGUGGUAUCGGCCGGCAAUAUGCUUAGCCAUGUCGGCCAUGUCAUCUUGGGGAUGAAUACGGUGCAGUUAUACAUGAAGGUACCAGGCAGCAGGACACCCGGCCACCAGGAGAACAAUAAUUUUUGUUCGAUCAACAUCAACAUCGGACCAGGCGAUUGCGAAUGGUUCGCGGUACCGGACGCCUACUGGGGCAUGAUAUGCUCGCUCUGCGAGCGCAACGGCAUCAGUUACUUGCACGGCAGCUGGUGGCCGAACCUGGACGACCUGUACGAGGAGAACAUCCCGGUGUACAGGUUUCUCCAACGACCGGGCGACCUCGUGUGGGUGAAUGCUGGUUGCGUGCACUGGGUGCAAGCAGUCGGCUGGUGCAACAACAUCGCGUGGAACGUCGGACCGCUCACCGCCAGACAGUAUCAGCUUGCAAUUGAGCGCUACGAAUGGAAUAAAUUGCAGGCCUUUAAAUCGAUCGUGCCCAUGGUGCAUCUCUCGUGGAACCUGGCGCGCAACAUCAAGGUAUCGGAUCCGCGGCUGUUCGAGCUCAUCAAGAACUGCUUGCUGCGGACAAUACGACAGUGUUGCUUGAUACUAGAGUUUGUGAAGAGCAAGGGGGUGGAAGUGCGUUUCCACGGCCGGGGCAAGAAUGAGGCUUCGCAUUAUUGCGGUCAAUGCGAGAUCGAGGUGUUCAAUAUUCUAUUUAUCCGCGAGCAAGAGAAACGUCACGUAGUGCAUUGCAUGGAUUGCGCGCGUAAGCAAUCUCCAUCGUUGGAAGGAUUCGUCUGCCUCGAGGAGUAUCGCAUGCGCGACUUAAUGGAUGUCUACGACGGAUUCACUUUACACAUGCCGCAGGUUACCGCCACCACCUCCGCCACCACUCCCUCAUCGUCGUCAUCAUCGUCGUCAUCGGCGGCAGCGGCGGCGGCGGCGGCGAUGUCGACUAUGUCGCAGGCACAGCUCGGCCAGUCCUCCUGAGGUUACAUGCAACACAGAUAUUUAGACUUUCUCGGCACGCUGCAACAGUAGUGAUCACCACCAUCCGGGAAAUGCGGAUUCUUCCCGGAUGGUUAUUGCUACUAGCGUUAUUCCUUGCAGGUAACGAGAGGACAUUUGUUGCGAUAAGCAUCAUUAUCAGUGUACCUGAGAGCUACUCGAAACGAACCGGGACCGGCUCCUUGAAAGCUCCUCAUAGGCGAUCGUCUACGAAUGUUCCAAAUGAAACAGGCAGAGCAUGACAUUAAUUUCGAUUUUAGAAAAAGGCAAGGAUUUAGUAAAAAUUAUGGAAUCUUCAGACCACCCGUUUAAAAACUAGAGAAGUGAUUAUUUAAAAAAAGUAAAAACAUUUUCUUUAUAAAUCGCGUGCCGCUCUAUCGAAUGGUGAUAUUUUCAACUUCUGGCUCCGGUCGGAAAUAGGCAAUUCAGACCGGAAGUGCAUUUUUUUAUAUGGAACCCCCUAUUUUUCAUUACAUAUUCUUGUAGCUUACCUCGA